AUGGUGACAGCAGAGCGUCGGGACAUUGUUGUUCUCGGUGGCUCCUACGCAGGCGUGUCUGCGGCCCACUACCUUCUAAAACACGUGGUACCCAAGUUACCAGAUCCAGAAGGAUAUCAGGUCACUUUGAUUAGCGCAUCCUCGCACGCCUUGUGCAGAUCUGCUUGCCCCCGUGCGCUGAUCUCGGACCAGUUCUUUGACCAGGAGAAGCUUUUCGUCAAUAUCUUUAAAGUAUUCGAGCAGUAUCAAGACGAUCGGAUUCGCAACUUUCGCUUCAUCCAUGGCACUGUAACCCAGCUAGAUCAUACCGGCCGGAAUGUUACCGUGAAUUUCACCGCGAAAGACACUACAGACACGAUUGAUUUCCAUGCGCUUGUGGUCGCGACUGGCGCAUCAACACCUUCUCCCCUUCUUGGUCUGAAUCGCGACGUCGGGGACUUACGGGCAAAUUGGACCGCGUUCCGUGCAGCCCUGCCAACAGCCAAGAGUAUCCUCAUCUCUGGCGGCGGUCAGCCGGAGUCGAGACAGCCGUUGGUAAACCCUACGGUGCCGAUCACUGUCGUCACUUCUGGGCCCCAGAUCCUCCCACUCUUGCGUCCUAGCCUCGCCAGCCUGGCAGAGCAGUACCUUGCCCAAGUCGGAGUGACCGUCAUUAAGAGCGCGCGAGUCCAAAAUGUGGCAACUAGUGCUGACAGCAAGGAUCCCUUGACCGCUAAGACGACCGUGACCCUUGAGGAUGGACAAACUCUUGGAGCCGACCUGUACAUUCCCGCAACUGGCACUCGAGCGAACGCUAGUUUCAUUGGCCGACCUCUCCUGACACCUGAUGGCCGCAUUGACACCAAUCCCUCGACUCUACGGGUUGAUAAAGCCGGACCCCGCGUCUACGCGAUUGGUGAUGUUUCGUCAUGGGCACGACCAACUGUUCACUUCAUCGUUGAAGCUAUUCCGGUCCUCUGCGCAAAUAUGAAGCGCGACUUACUCCUUGCCGCUGGCGAGGAUGAGAGCUCGGUGGGUGAGGAUCGUUUGUUCAAGGAAGACACCCGCGAGACCCAAGUGGUUCCGAUCGGCCAGAGCAAAGGUGUCGGGGCGGCUAUGGGGUAUCGAUUGCCGAGUUUCCUGGUGUGGUUAAUGAAGGGACGAGAUUACUGGUUGUGGACAACUGAGAAACUGUGGAGUGGGAGGCAGUGGAGUAAAGAGCUGUGA